AUCGUUUUCAUCGUUUUUUUUUUUUUAAAUUCGAACAAAUAAUUUUCAAAAGAUAUAACAAUGAUGAUGUGGCCAUUGAUUAUUUGGAUGUUUGGUCUGUUGAUGAUAUUUGUUACGAUUGAUGCAUAUCAACAUGUACGCUAUAAACGAUAUGAUCAAGUACCGGAACAUUGUCCACGUCGUGAUAAGCCAGCAUAUGAAGAAUGUCAACAGAAAUUGGUUAAAAAAUGGAAUCUUCCGAUCAAACAAAUGAAUUCAGCCACACGACGAUUCUGUUGUUUUCAUUGGGAAAAUCUGCAAUGUGAACUUCAAAUAGCAAAAAAAUGUGAUAAAUAUUGGGCCGAUAAAUUGGACAAGGAUACAAUGAUGGAUACAAUUUGUCGUAAAUAUCCACGUAAAGAUUUUCAAAAGAAUUGUGCCGGUAUCGAUAUAGCUAAACUAGAUAAAGAGGAUAAAUGGUUUCGUGAUCAGGUGGUUCGUACUUCGGAAAUACAUACAGAUACCGAUAAAAAGCCCCCAUCAUCAAAAUCAACAUCAAAAUUAUCAUCAGCGAAAAAAUCAUCAUCAUCAGUGUCACACUUUGCCACCGGUGGGGCUGCUAUUGGAUUUGCUUGUCUUGGCGCUUUUUCACAUUUUUUUAUGGAAAGUGAAAUGAAGAAAUACGUUACUAUUGGGAGUGCAGGCAUAGCCACCAUAAUGGGCGCCUUGUUUGCCAAGCUGGCUUUAUUUUAAUUUUUAAACACUUGUUCUCUGAUUAUGGUGGUGGGUAAGGGGGGCGUAUCCAUAAUUGAUUCAUUAAGAUUCAUCGCGUCACCGUCUCAUGAUUUUCAUGAAUGAAUGAUGAUUGAGUAAAAACUUUUUUUUU